UGAAGAGGUAUAUUCACAAAUGUAUAAUUUAAUUAUAUUUUAAAUUCUUACCACAUUAUUUAAAAUAUAUAUAUAUUAAUCUCGCUAAUGCUGCACAACCAUUUAAUUGUAUGAAACUAAAGCAUCUGGUAAUAAUUUGAUAAUCAUACAAUUGAUAACAUAUUUUCUUCUAUUCUCUAAGAUUUAUUUUAAUUGGCUCACGGUGACUGACCAAUCAGCUCGUCUGAAAUAACAAUAAAUAAACCUCGACACUGGAAACCGCUCUGCUCGAGAUUCAUUGCUGCAAUUGAUCUGCUAUCUUAUCCAUUUUUCCAAGGAUUUUGAAAAAUGUUUUACUACCCGAGAGUUUUACAGCGACAUACAGGAUGUUUCUCUACAAUCUGGCUGGUUGCUACUAAAGGAAUCCGAGUUCCUCGCCGUGAUUUCCUAAAAGUCAACGUCAAAAGAACCUGUGACGACAUCGUGAACUACUUGCUGGAGCAGGUCCCGCCGCCUCGACCGGGGCUGCCUCGACCUCGCUUCUCCCUCUACCUCUCGUCCCAGCUCCAGUAUGGCGUCGUCCUCGUCUUCCACCGGCAGUGCGCUAUUUUCCUGGAGGAUCUUCAGACUGUUGUGGGCCAGCUGGUGAAAGGCAAAACGUCCCAGAAAAUUGAUAUUGAUACGCACAGCAGACAAGCCGUGGACUUUCUGGACGCCCUGUGUCUCCUGGAGGAGGCAGAAGGAGCUCCUGACCCUUUAUUCGGAGUGAUGUACAUGCAGGAGGCCGUCCCCAGCCCAAAUACACUGUUACAGAUGGGUCGGAAGUAUCCGAGAGAAACAAGUCCAACUCUAACCGCAGCACAAGAGAGUGGCAUAACUGCAUCUCCAGACCACAUUACUCUGAGAGAGACGCAGCCUCUCACGAUCCCUGUGGCAGAGUUUGAGGGCGAGGAGCUCGUCGAUCAGCAUCCAGAUACUCUUGACUUGCUCCUGGCCCAAACGGAUCACUUUCCAGAAGAGGAUCUGGAGAUGCCGAGAGAAGAAGCGACACAGAGAGAGCCAGAGAGGGAGAUGGAAAGAGUCCUGAAAGAGAGAUCACAAGAGCUCCUCGGAUCAUCUCUUGAUGAGGACGCCAUGCUGUUGCCCCAGGAGGAGCCAGAGCUGCCCGUGGAGAAGCCCGGACCCCCGUCAGACCAGCUCACCCCCGUCUCGUGGCCUGUUGUCCCGUCCCCGCCAUCUGCAGCAGAGGGACGUACAGGACCAACCCGACGGUCAGAGGACGAGCCUUCUCCACAGGUGAAGACGACGAGGAGGAAGAGGCAGCUGAUCUUCUUCGACUCCCAGACGCAGAUCGACCGGGAGGUGCUGCAGCAGCAGAUCGGUAACCCUCUGACCGAGACCCGACCAGCACCGUACCCGCCGGCGCCCUGCCACAGGAGGCUCUCUGCUGAGGAGCUCCUCAACAGCCCCUGCACCUUCUUGCCUGAAGAUGUGCUGUUUCUAUGGAGACGGGCUGCGACCACCAUGCCUGUCUCGGGCUCGGAACUGCUGGCUGGGGAGAGAGGGCUCGAGUCCACUGAUUCUGAAAAGGAAAGAGACGGCGAGAUGGUCGAGGCGGCUGAGUUAGUGGAAAGAGAGGUCCCCAGAGCUGUGGCAGAACCAGAGCUGUUUGAUGUGUCAGAGCCUGGCUCACUGCUGCUGGAGGGCUCCGACCAAAGGGAGGUGACUCGAGAGAUCUCCCCCAUGUAUGAAUCAGAGAAAGAAUGGUCCACCGUGUCCAGGUCGGCCCUGCAGGACAUCCCAGAGGGGGUGGACGAGGGGAAGGCUGCAGCAGAGUGGCUGCUGCCGGAUUUUCCCGAGCAUGAAGCCCACGUGGUGUUUCAUUCUCUUCUGCUGCCAGACGUCGACCGCAGAAUCGUCAGCAACACCUUCCAGAGGCUCCUGGAGACUUUAUCAGCCCGGAUGGUGCGCGUGGAGCAGGACCAGCCUUAUGGGGACAUACGGAUAUUCCCUGGAACCAACUACGAAGAGGUGCAUCUCUCGGUGUGAGGUGUUCAAGGACCCUCGAGUCACCACGAGCCCCCAAAACAAACUCAUCAAACCUUUGUUCAGUCUGAUAGAAGUCUACUCGUUUCCUCCUGUUCACUUCCUCAGAGAAAGAAGACACAUGAUGUUAAUAAUGCGAUAAUGUUACUGAUCACUUCAUUAGAUUUGUUGUUGCUGUGACUUGUUAACAUAUUUGAAAUGAUUUUAGUUUUUUAAAAUACUUUACCUGCUUCAUAUGAACUCCAAAAUAAAAUCUUUCUGAGA